GUCCCGCUCAUAAUCAUAGCGUAGCAUUUCAAACUGCCAAAAAAAAAAAGAAGCUUCCCAUUCCCAUACAAAUCGAUACUAGUCUACUCCGAAUUCUGAAUUCCAAAGAUUUGACUCGAGAGAGAGAAUGGAGGAGUCGAUCCGAAGCUUCUGCGGAAGCUUAAGUUCAUUCUGCAACCACGUCGAGUCCAGUUGCGACGCUCUCAAGCAAUCCAUCGAUCGCCGUCCCAUUCCUCUCGAUUCGGCUUCGUCGACCUUCAUUCAAUCCCUCAAUCGCCGCGUAUCGAUCGCAACCGACGAUCUCAACCUCCUCGACUCCAUGACUUUCGGCACCGUCUCUUUCGAAGAGCUCUUAGGUCACUGCAAUGAGGUCUACAAGAAGAACCAGUCCGAUCUCGCCGAACUCGAACUUCGCCUCAAGGACUUUGGAUACAAUCCCGAAGUUGAGGUUGAUGAUGAAGAUGAGGUUCGUAGUCUAUCAACACCGCAUGGUUUGGAAAUGAAGGUUUCGGAUUCGAAGGAUGGAUUGGAUUCAUUGUAUUCUUAUUGUAAACCGGACUCUAUGACCAGUUCUAUAGUGAAGAGUUUGGAAGAAGAUGCAUUAUUGGAUGACUCACUCAGUUUGAAAAGGCUUGGGCUUUCUGACGCUUGCCUUGCCACUUUAGCAUCUGAAGCUACUGGUCAGAUUGAUGAUGUAUCUGAACAUAGAAAACACUUAGAUUUUGGGCAACAUGAGGAAAAAUUUAAGUCGAUUGAAGUUCAAAAGCCUUUAAUAAAGGUAUCUAAUGAUGAUUAUGAGAGUCUUCCUUCCUAUCUGAAAGGUCUAGCGCCGUGGGAGGAGCUGCUUGAUGCUAUUGAGAAGAUCAAUUCAAGCCUGAUCAAGAAAGAGAAAACAAAUGAAUGCAACUAUUUCCACCAAGAUGAAAUUUCAUCAUUGGGAUUGGGUCAUAAAGCAAGAUCUUAUUUGCUGCUACUUGUACGCUUGAAUCGGUUAGUUGUUGAGACUAUUGAUGGAUCAAUAUCCUAUCGAGUUUUAUAGACAAAAUAUAAUGCAGUAGACAAAUUGUACUCACACAUCUUAUUGCUUUACUGGUUAUUGAUAUGGCCAUUAGGUGGGCAUUACAUAGUAUAUUGAAGCACAUUUUCAAUUUUUAACUUGAAAGAUCAAUGACUUCAAAGAAA